UUUAUCUAUCUCGCCAGCCUACUUCGCAAACCCCUCUCUCUCUCUCCAAUACCUGGUUUCUUCAACCAGGUAAGGUAACCUAAUCUCUUGCGGAGGAGUUGAUUUGAACUCGAGCGGAGAGGUGAAUUUUUGCUGCGGAGCUAAUAUGAACGGCGGGGAUAUGAACCAGAGCCAGAACAACAAUCAGCAGCAGCAGCAGCAGAUGCAACAGCACCAGCAGUGGAUGGCGAUGCAGCAGUACCAGCAGCAGUGGAUGGCGAUGCAGUAUCCGGCUAUGGCGAUGCAGCAGCACAUGAUGUACAAUCAACAUUACGUCCCGUACUACCACCCGCAGCAGCAGCCGCAGCCGACGCAGGGGCAGAAGCACGGCAAUCAGAUUCAGAACGGCGCCGAGGAUAAUAAACGAUCUGGAUUGGAGAUCUCCAGCCGUGGAUGGACGAAAGUUAUAUCCAGUCGUGCUUUUCUCAAUCUGGAGAGGUUGUCUCAGUCAAGAUAAUCCGCAUAAGCAGACAGGUCACUCUGAGAGAUAUGGAUUCAUUGAGUUCAAUUCGCAUGAAGCAGCAGAGAAAGUUCUGCAGAGUCUCAAUGGGACCACCAUGCUGAAUACCGAGCAACCAUUUCGCUUAAACUGGGCAGCCUUUAGCACUGGUGAUAGGCGACCUAAUACUGGUGGUA